AUGAGACAGUUCUUCAGCGACGGGCAUCCUCGAGGGCUACUCUUCAGCAUCCUGAACCGUGAAUGUGAUGGUUAUCCAGACACACGCGGCUGUCACUGUCAGCGUCUGGUGUGCUUGAGAAACCCAGAGACCACCUGCCGCGUGGCCUUUGGGGUCCUGAUAAGAACCAUUCACUUCAUGAAGAGCCUACCUUCCUUCCGAAAGCUGGCGCUCAGGGACCGGCUCGUGCUUGUUGAGAAGCGCUGGGUGGCGCUCUUUCUUCUGGGUCUCGCUCAGGAGCACGUCACUUUCGAGGUGAGGGUGGUCCCUGCGGCCAGCAUCCUUAGAAACAUACUGAUGAGCGGCCGGCAGAAAUCAGACGAGUGUCGGCCCACCCUGGGAGGAGUGCAGAAGCUCAAGACGUUCCUCAACAAAGUCUGGAGUCUGGAUCUGAGUCUCAGAGAGUUUGCUGGUCUCAAAGGUGCAGUGCUGUUCAGUCCAGAUGCUGCUGGACCGAGGAGCUCAGAAGAGAUGGCAGGACUGCAGGAGGAGGCCCAGAGAGCUCUGCACACGUGGCCCACAGAUCAGCGCUCACUCACCCACCUGCUCUUCAUGGCCAGCGCUCUACGGGCGGAGGCCCAAAGCCUGGUGACAGAGCUGUUUUUCAGACCCAUCGCUGGCCAGAUGGAUCUCCAUAAACUCCUGCAUGAGAUGAUUGUAAAACAGUGA